UUAAUCAAGGUCAAGGCUGCGAUUUCUAGGCCAAACUAAAAUGUUGUUACAGAUUUUGUUCUAUUUCUGCAAAUAAAAUGAUAAUACUAAAAAUCGCGAGACAUUACGGUGACGGUAGGUGUAUAGUGGUCGCUGUGAUGACACAUUGACAAACAAAAAUGAAAAAAGUGAUUGAAGUGUUAUUAAAACGAUCUUCAAGCAUUUUAAACCAACAAAAGACAGUACAUUCCACGCAAAAAUGCCUGCAAAAGAUCCAUACGUCAUCCGGAGCAGAUCUGCAGCUGGGUAAAACAGACGAUGAUGUGAUAUACCCCGAUCUGCCACAAGUGGGUGUCCCAAACCUCCAAGCCGAGGAGUUACUGAGCUUUAGGGGCCUGGAGACAAGCUUCCCUUGUUUGACCAGAAAUAAAGUGACCGGACCAGAACCGCAAUAUGACAAAAUCAUAUCAGGCUACAAAACAUUCAACUCUGGGCAACCGUUUAAUUUCAAAUACAGCAAAGGUGUCAUACCAGAACUAGUCAUUGCGUACGAAACAUGGGGUGAGCUCAACAAAGACAAAACCAACGCUGUUGUCAUACAUGCUGGAUUGUCUGCCAGUUCCCAUGCUAAGAGUCAUGAGGACAACACAUCGCCGGGCUGGUGGGAGAAGUUUGUAGGGCCUGGCUGCGCCAUUGACACUGACAAAUUCUUUGUCAUCUGCACCAACACAUUGGGGGGAUGCUACGGGUCAUCAGGUCCAAGCAGUUUUAAUCCAUUGACAAAAAAGAAAUACGCAACCACGUUCCCUGUGGUCAGUGUCACCGACAUGGUGGCUGCACAGUUCCAGGUGUUGGAUCAUCUUGGUAUUCAUCGUUUACACGCCAGUGUUGGUUCCUCUCUGGGAGGGAUGUGCUCACUGACUGCUGCUGCCAUGUAUCCAGACAGAGUGGGCAGGAUGGUCUCUAUUUCAUCCUGCGCCCAGAGCCACCCGUCCUCCAUUGCCGCCCGCUACCUGCAAAGGAAGUGUAUCAUGGUGGACCCAAACUGGAACAAGGGCCACUACUAUGAUGGCAAAUACCCCAAGAUGGGCAUGAAACUGGCCAGGGAGCUUGCAACCAUGGGCUACAGAAGUGGACCCGAGUGGGAUUUGCGUUUCGCUAGGAAACGAAUUGAUGAGGGGAAAUCCCCGACGCUGUGUCCCACCUUCAUUAUUGAGAGUUACAUAGAGUACCAGGGAGAGCAAUUCAGCACGAAGUUUGACCCAAAUUCACUAUUGUAUAUUUCUAAGGCCAUGGACAUAUUCGACAUUGCAGAAGGGUAUAACAGCCUGGAGGAAGCGUUGGAGAGAGUUGUGUGCCCUUCCAUGGUGAUUGGUGUGAAAACAGACAUUCUUUUUCCCAUUAUUCAGCAGCGGGAAUUAGCCACCAGUCUCACCAAGUCAGGCAAUUCACAUGUGACUUUCUACGAGAUAGACUCCUUAUAUGGCCAUGAUACGUUCUUACUGGAUCUAAACAAUAUUGGAGCUGCAGUGAAGGGCUUUUUGGAGACUAAGAUGUCCAACGGCCAUUGAAGUCAGAGCUGAAAACUGUACACUGUCAUUGCAAACAAACCCAAAACAGCUACAAACCAUCUAUCGAUAAGCAAUUAAAACUGGAUGAUUUACUUCAUCAAUUAGUUAUAAACAAUUCUUUUUCCGAAUCCCUUGUAAUGCAUGUUUUUCAGUAUUUAUAAAUUUAACAAAUGCGCAAGCAAGCAAUAAGCAACACAGAAAAUUUGAAGUUUUCUUUACAUGUUAUAAUAGUUAUACCUGUACAUCGAAACAGUCAUUUGUAUCUAGUUAAUUUUACAUGCUAGCAUGAUAUUAUGUAUAGAAGAAAAAUGAGACGAGCUGUGUGAGGAAAAUAUUUCUUCUAGGGAAAUUUAUUAACCCUUAACCCCAUAAAAGCAAAGUGAAAAUGGCUAUGUGCAAACAGCAUGAAACCGGAACAGCCUGCCAGUAACUUUUUGUCUGUUCAGGUUUUAUGCUGUUUGUUGCUCAUCAGUUUCUAAGGUUUGGAGAUGAAGUCUUAAAAUUUGUAAUCUAGUAAGAAAGGUCUUUAAUUGCAUGUAACUUUGUAAGGGACUUCAAAUGCGAGAAAAUACGUAUCUAAUGGGUGAAGGGUUAAACAUUGUAAUCCAGGUGUUAACACAUAACAGGAUGGGUUUGUAGGGGGAAAAAGAACAAAAACACACAUCUUGUGAUGCAUGUUUUUUGUUUCUUUUGUUUGAGUUCAUGUUUACCAGCAAAAACUAAGCCUUUUUUGUGAUUAUAAUGUUUGUUCUUAAUUGGAGAAUAUGCCUGUGGAACAAAGGUGUCAGCUAUUUGAUUAUGCCAAAUAUGUUUUCUGUUAGGUGCACUUAGAAUUUUUUUGUUGUUAUCGAGUAUUUUGCGUAUUGAAUAUUACUUACCAUUGUUUGCUCAUCACAUCAUGAGCAUAGUGAAUAGAGUUAAUUGCAAUUCAUUUAUGUUAGUUUGACUAAUUGAGAUUCAUUUAAUUUUGUUGACAUGAAAUUUGUUGGAUUUUUAAAUCUUGUUUAGUAAUAUGUUAUAAUUGUGGAUUUUAUAAAUUUUAUGAUAAACAUUUGGAUAUUGACAUUCCUCGAACGUUUGAUUUAGUGGUUAAAUGGAUCCAUGAAAAUCCACUAAAAUUAGUAUUGGUUUUACAGCAUACAUGUACAUUCAGUCAAUUUUGUGGUCAUUUAGUAAGAUAUAUUUUAAGUCUUUGAUUGAUACCUUUUGUAAAUCUGUCACUUGUCUUAUAUGAAAGACUUACUUAUGUUACCUAGAAGUUCUUUGCUGAUGAUAUUUCUUUAGUUCGGUUAUUCAUGUUCUUAUAUUUGAAUAAUGUGAAAAGUGUGUGUCAAGGUAAGUGCCUUGUAAGCAUAGAUUUAUAUCUGUGAGCGUAGGUUCUUCAAAUGUGCAGUCACAAAAUGUUUCACAGUCCUAUAGACCAAGGAGCUUAGCAAUUAUUCUUAUACAGAAAUUGAAUCAUUUUAUUAAAUCGUUGUACAAUGUCAAAAAGACAGACUAGUAUUUUAACCACUGAUAUAUCAGCAUUCAGAGCUGUACGCAUGAAAGAUGAUGAAAAUACCGUGUUACUAUAUCAUUUGUUUAAUUUUAGUUUUGAAGAGGGCAAAUUAUUGAAAAACCUUUUAAUUUUGUUAUGUUUUACCCCGUUGGAACAAUUUCUACUCAGAAGUGGUGUGUAUUAAUUGAAAUCCCAUAUGUUGAUAUUGGGUGAUGGAGUUUUAGUUUUACAAUGAUCCCUUCGAUUCUGCUAUAUCAUUAAAAGUGGAGAAGUAAAGUUUGCAGAAGAAAGUCCCACAUGUUAAAUUGAUGGUGCUAUAAAAGCAUUGUUAAAACGUUGCUGAUUAAUGUUGUAUGAAGAAUCAGGAAUAACCAUAAGUGCUUUGCUUUUACCCUACCUCAGAUAAUAAGAUUAAUGCAGUAUUCGCAGUAAUGCAUUAUACAUGAAAGAUGAAGAACUGUAAAACAAGCCACAUGUACACUAUAUGUAUGUAAUGAUUGUACAUUUGAAUUUGUUACUUUUGUAUUUCAUAUAGAUGUGAGUGAUGUAAUUAAAAAUAUAUAUAUUAACUGUGUUCUGCUAUACUCUUAUUUAUAAUUAUAUAAUAUUGCUUCAGGUUAUCAGCCCCUUUCAAUUAAGGGCCAGCAUACAAGGCUUUUAAGGGAAUGGAAAAUUCCUUCUUAAUUUUUUUAGGUUCCUUGUGCCUCUGGCUAUUUUGUUGCUUAACAAAUUUUGUUGCUUAACACAUAUUUUAUUCUUAUAUGUGUUUAUGUUGUUUUGUAUUGUGCUGUUUUGUACUGUUUUGGCAAUCGGUCACUUGCAUUAAAGGACCAACUUUUAUAUAAUAAGAAUUCAAUACUGCUCCAGCAGCUGGAGUUUCACUUCUUUUUAUUAAAAGCUUUACGAUUUAUUUUGUUUUUAGAGCUUAAAGCAUCUGAUAUUAUAUAGAUGUUUUUCUUUAAUUCAACUUAAGUUAAGAUUUCACAUAAAAGUUUAGUGAAUUCUGGGGCCUGAAGGUGUUUAAAGCAUCGUUUCAUGUUCAAUACAUUUUGUAGGUUUGGACCAUUUGCUCCACAGGUAUAGUUAUGCUCUGAAAGUUUAAUUUCACAGCACUAGUAAAUCCUCUGUUGAUAAUCAAGGAAAAGAAAGACAAUGUAGUAUGUUACUUUGAACAUUAAGUUCAUACUUCUAACUUGGAAAUGCCAAUGCAUGUUUGUAAACGAAGCAUUGGCUGUAAAUAAGAGCGUUUUACUUUGAUCCAUUAUGAUAAUGGAAUUUGAUACAAUAGGUAUAUUUUUGUAUGGAAAAGACAAACAAUUGUACAUGAGAUUGUUAUGUAUAUAUUUAUGAUUUUUUGUUAUCCAAGUGAACCAUGUGUUGGGGAAGUGUUCUAGAUGCAAAUGAUAAUAAUAUUUAAAGAGUUUCUUCAAUUGAAAAAAAUGUUAUUGAAGUAGUGUGCGUUAUAUCCUCCUUUCUCUAUGCACAUGCAUUUUAUAUGCAAAAUUCUCUUCUUAGUUAAUUAUAAAGCCUGUAUAUCCAGCAUUCUUUACUUGUUACUUUUGAAUAUGAUUUCACUUAAUGUUAUGUGAUUGAAAUUUUAAACAUUAUAUUAUCGCUUUGAAUUUUGCUUAAUGUUGAAUUUUGAUUGUGCAUCACUUUUUUCACUUCAAUAAAACUUUUGUUAUAUUUUGUU